UGUUUUGAGGCAUAUCCAGCCUGCUGUUCAACUUUUGCUUGUCGCACAGCUGGCACAGCGGCUUGCUGAGCAGCUGGAUUGCGAAACGGGCAACUGCCAGUUCCAGUCUUUGAGGCCAGCGUGCCUCCGUGUUCAAUGCCUCGACGAAUGUUUGAAAGAGACCUUGUUCCAGUGGCUUUCACAGAGAAGGAGUCUGACGCAGACAAGAACAGGCGAGACUCAUGGGUUACGAAGGUGCCUGAAGAGGGAGAUGACUUGGAGGAGUUUGAGGAGUCUGACGAGUGUCAGUGGUUCGAUGACAGAGUUGGUGGCGUUGCCCAGGUGGCGACGCCACAGAUGUUCGACAUCAGCAGUGAUUUGGACGGCGAGUCCGAGGAGCCGGUUUUGCCGGAGAUGCCCUUCGCUCCCCCUGAGGGGGAUUACGGCGAUGACAGUGAGACGACGGAGCACCUAGAGCAGUUCAGACACGAGCAGGGCAGGGAUACAUUGGUAUCUGCUUCUGGCUCCAGUGGAUCUUCGUAUCAGGAGCCGGUUUUGCCGGAGAUGCCCUUCGCUCCCCCUGAGGGGGAUUACGGCGAUGACAGUGAGACGACGGAGAACCUAGAGCAGUUCGGACACGAGCAGGGCAGGGAUACAUUGGUAUCUGCUUCUGGCUCCAGUGGAUCUUCGUAUCAGGAGCCGGUUUUGCCGGAGAUGCCCUUCGCUCCCCCUGAGGGGGAUUACGGCGAUGACAGUGAGACGACGGAGAACCUAGAGCAGUUCGGACACGAGCAGGGCAGGGAUACAUUGGUAUCUGCUUCUGGCUCCAGUGGAUCUUCGUAUCAGGACUUCGACACUGGGUGGGAGUACCUCUAUGACGGUCUGGUUUGCCCUGAGGUGACCGAAGUGUUAGAGUACAACCUUCAAGCAGUGUCACGCAACUUUUCGAGUCGCGAGGUUUGGAUGACCCACUUGUUCAACUUGUUGGAUUUCGAUUCAUUCCAGCCUGUCACUGGCAUUCCGACGGCCCCUGUGUGGCAUCCAAUUGAAGAGUUUUCGGCUUUUGCCCGCAUUGCUGCCAAGUGCACAGACAAGUCUUUGUCCACCAGAGAGAGAAUUACUUCUCCUCCUGUAGCGCAAUUUCGCGCCGAAGCUUCAGAAGGGUUCCAAGGCUGCUUCCAAGCCUUAUGCGGCCCGUGGGCUAAGAAGCUCCAAGGCAAUUAUCUUGCCCAUGUCAAGUUGGUGAGGAAGAAGGGGGACGCUCGUUUCUUAGGAGACCGUUGA